GGAGGCUUUGAGCACGGGCACGGUUUGCAAAGAAAGGAGCUGGCACAGCGGAGCCUUGCGGAAAGAUGGGAGAGAAGGAGCAAAGGUGUCAAAACCUGAUGAGAUUCAACAGAACGGAGGAAACAGGGUAACAAGCAGCAGAAAGGUGACAGGGAGAACUUCCGAAGAAGCAGGCUGGUCUGACGUCACUGCAGCAGACCCACUUUGAUAGAUGCAAACUGACCUCCAUGAAGGCACCUUUGUUCCUCGGUUCCACAAACAUCGGUUUUACUUCUUCGAUUCUUCUGGCAAAGUCGUGUUCCUGUUAAACAGCAUUGCAGCACCUCAGCAGAAAGCAGCAUCCUUUCACUCCUCCCUCCCUGUGCAUCUCUCCGACAGCAUCCUCUCUGCUCCCCACCUCAUCACCAUGGCCAGUACUGUGUCAGAAGUAAAAAUGGAGAAGCAGCCUUACACCCAAGCCUACAAGGAGAAAAUGAAGGAGCUGUCUCUGCUCUCCCUGAUCUGCUCCUGUUUCCACACCCAGCCGCACCCCAAUACCAUCUAUCAAUAUGGAGAUAUGGAAGUGAAGCAGCUGGACAAGAGGGCGUCUGGCCAGAGCUUCGAAGUGAUCCUGAAGUCCCCUUCGGACUUAUCCCCUGAGAGCCCAAUCCUGUCCUCUCCCCCCAAGAAGAAGGAUCUGUCUCUGGAGGAGCUUCAGAGGAGGCUGGAGGCUGCAGAGGAGAGGAGGAAGACCCAGGAGGCCCAAGUGCUGAAGCAGCUGGCAGAGAAACGGGAGCAUGAGCGGGAGGUGCUGCACAAGGCCCUGGAGGAGAACAACAACUUCAGCCGGCUGGCUGAGGAGAAGCUCAACUACAAGAUGGAGCUGAGCAGGGAGAUCCGUGAAGCACACCUAGCUGCCUUGAGGGAGCGACUCCGUGAGAAGGAACUGCAUGCAGCUGAGGUUCGCAGGAACAAGGAACAGCGGGAGGAGAUCUCUGGAUAAAGGGCUUUUCUACACAUCUAGCACAUGAUUCCUGAUAACAAACCAACCAACCCAACACAUUUUAUUUUGUUUGUCUAGAUGCAACAUUCGGUUUGCCAUUUCCUCCUGGUGUUAGUUCCCCAGCUACACGCUUCUCUCUCUCUCUCUCUCUCUCUGCAUCCUUAACUGUUCAGUACUUGUGGGGACUCACAGGCCAUAGGGACCUCUAAGCAGAGUAGCAACUAGUUCACAUGAAAUAUAGAAUCAAACAAUUAACCAGUCAAUCAGCUUCUCUUUGGGGUUUUGUCCUUUUUUAAAAUAUCUUUCUUAAACUGAUGUAAAGGAUUAAGAUAUUAAUAAAUUCAACCAGCAGUGUCAUGGAUGGAGAUGCGGAUUUCUUAUCCAGGGCUUUUGGUUUGUGCUUUGAGCCAGAUAGCAGUUGAAAAAACAAAAGGGAGUAAACAGUGAAGGGUACAUUGUUGUGAGAGGGGGUCAUUGAUGGAUCCAUUGUUUUUAGUGGUAGGAGGAGGCUGGGAUGGCUCAGGGAAUGGGUUAGGGUGUGCCGAAUCUUUAAGCCGUAGGUCGCUGGUUUGAAGCUAGCCCAGGUAGAUAGUAACUUGAAGUCAUUGUCCUCUGGUUCUUUGGUAACCCAGGUGCAAUUAGCUAAGGGUCUGAGACUAGAGCCUGGUGGACAGGUGCCCACGUCACAAGAAGCACUAGUUGAUAUCCUGGAUGGCCACAGAUUGAAUGAGCCUGGAGACUGAACAGCCCUCUCACUGGUAGAGGCAGUGCUGGGGAGGCUUGUACUGCCACUGCCCAUAGCGAACCCAGUGUUGCAGUUAAAGAGGGGGCACAGUCUCCAGGGCGGUCAAUCCUGCACUUUUCACAAACACUAAAUUUCACACCAUUAAUUAAAAAGUAAAACAGAGCGCACAAUUGUCAGGCAGCCCAUGACCUUUAGCAAAACUCUGUGAUAUGGGAGACUCAUCUUUCUCUCUUCCCAAAGAUGGAUGAGACUCUUCAGUACUAUUCCAGGAGAGACGUUUGAACCAAAGAUCACAGGUUAACCACAGAGCUGUGGUUCUUGGGCAACAGAUUAUAGGAAAGGACACAGCGAUCCUUUCAGUGGUAUUUCCAGAACUGCAGCUUUGGAGAAGGUGGGGUAGGAAGGGAGACUGGAGGAGUGGGAGGACAGGAGGAGUGAAGAGAUGUUCAUGCACCUGCUGCUUGUCUAGCCAUGGAGGUAGAAUUGCAAGGCUUUAAUUCUUCUAGCUCUGACUUCCAAAGCCCACUUUAAGGCAGCUGUGUCUCUUCCUAGAAAUAAGGACGAAUGGAUUGCAGCGGUGCUUGGAGGCAGGGGGCAGAAACCUCUUCCUUUCAGAUAGCUGGUAAUAAUUUCUGAUGUAAACGGAGAGCUACAGCAGCCUGUGGGCUCUCUUCCCGUCUUACAUCAUGGUGUAUGCUGACAGAGGUAGCUGAAUCAGAGGACGUGCCAAACAGUGAGGAGGCUGCUAUUGCAUCCCGUGGAUCAAAAGGGUGGCAGACUUUUAAUGCUAGCACUGGAUCUGGCCUGAUAACCUGAUUGGCAAUUGUAUGCCUAUGUCUAAAGUGCGAGGAGUUGCCAUCUUAACCCUAGUGAAGCCUCUUGAGAGAGGAUGUUCAGGCAGGACUUGGCUUUCGCAGGAACACCCUCUCCUGGCAGGAUUUCACUGAGGAGAACAUUGCAACUCUUGCAUUUUGGACCAUUGAGUAGCAAAGAGUCCUCUCCUUCCAACUCUGACAGUACACCAGUACCUGUCUUCCCAACUCGUGAGACAGUUCCAGGGCAAGGUAGCAGGGUGCUUGGAGCAGGGAUGUAGGCACAGAUACUGGAAGGACUCCAGGCCUGAUCCUCACCCUCACUGUACCACAAACUUCCCUCUCUCUGUGGCCAUACCGGAUGCUAUUUGGGAACCCAUAGCGAGCCAAGGGGGCAUCCAGAGGAACAAGAGUCGACUGUUAUUGUGACGGGUGUCCUCUCUGCAUACUGUCUCCAAAGAGCCUCUCUGCAGCCGAGUCCUGCAGCUCCUCCAGGGGGGCUCUGUGGAGCCAGCAUCACCAGGAAUAGCUUAUGCAAACAGCUAGGACACAGCAGGCAUGGGUGGGCACUUAGGCAGUUGCCUUUCUCAUUCCUGGCAGCUGUGUGGCUUGGGAUGUGUAGGGCGUGCUCCAAGCCGGAGGUGGGGUAAGCAGAUGUGAAACACCAUUUAGCCCACAGGAGCCAGGUAGUGACAGGAAGCCAGGGCAGGCGGGGAGUCUGUAUCUGGUGUCGAGCUUCCCUUUGCCUCCCUGGCCUGUCUAAAUAAUAGUUGCUGAGUCGGUUCCAAGCUGUUGGUUUUCCUUCUACCGUGUGCUGGCUGCAUGUCAGGAAUCUCCCCCACCCUCCUCGACUGUCACAAGAAUGCAACAGCGUGCCAAAGAGGCAGCAGCAGCAGCUGCUGGAAGCAAAGCCCUUAGCCUCUUGCUAGUCAGCCACACAAUACGUUCCCCUUUUAAUGAGAGAAGGUCCCUCUCUGGCCACGAGGCUUUGGAUAUUAGGGGAGAGCUCUGCUCCAAAAUGGAAGGGCUAGCUUACCUACAAAGCCCUCUGCCAAGGUCCGAGGGAGGGCAGGACUGUUAUCAGGCGUCAGCAAUGUUGAGGGACAAGAAGUGAGUUUGGGGCAGGGAGGGGAAAAAGAAAAAGAAACUGAGGGUUGAAUUUCUUAACAGUAGCUAAUGAUCAGUUUAUAAGUAGCAGCUGUCUUAGAUAAGCAUCUGUGUAGAAUGCAGAAUCAUCUCAUCCAUAUAGUGACAAUAAAUUUUAAAAAGUUUAAAAAAAUAAUUAAAAAAGUAAUUUAAAUAAAAUGUUUGUGUGUAAGAAAUGGUUGAAAAUGUCAAAUGUCUGUGUCCCACGCCGGUGGGAUCUGAGAAGGUGUCUGCCAGAUAUUAACCCUGUCCUACUCUGUGGUGCUGAGUGUUUGCUUGGUGUGUAAUACUGACCUGGAGCUUGUUGUAAAUACUGUUUUUAGUACUAUGAUUAUUAAUUAUGAUGAUGACGAUGAUCACAAAUGUUGUACUCAUAAGCAGGAGUUUAAAACAAACACAAAGAAACAACCAUUUUCACUCCAAUUCUCCAGUGAGGCUCAAAUGAACCUGGAGGCAGGGCCAGAUUAAGGUAGGAUGUCUUUGUCCUUGAGCUCAGAGUGAGCAGGGGGUCAGAGAGGCAAGUGGCAGCCUAGCGCAGAGCUGACCAUCGCCUCUUGAGGUGGCUGGACUGCUUCAUAUGGAAGGCAAAGCAAGGGCUUAGAAAUAGCAGGGAGACAGGGGUCCUUCAGGCAGGGAGGAUGGGAACUGGGAGAGUGAAUUCAAGGAGUGGAGGGGAAAGGAGGGCUGGGAGAGAUCGAAAACUGGGGCAGAUGCCCUGGAGCCCUAAAUUUGGGGUGCAGUUUAGUGUUAGGCCACUCCUGCUUGGAGGCAGCAGUCUGCUCUGUUUCCUGUUACCAUAGAACAAGGCUGACAAAAGUGGAGAAUUUUGCAUGCAGCAUGGGAGAAAGUGGCGGGUGGCAGAUCGUGCUUGCUUGAAACCUUUCCCUUACCUGCAUGGUUACAGGGUCCCAGGGCUUUUGUCUCUGCUUCUUACUUUCCAUCUCAGACGCUUGCGGUUAAGCUGGCAGUUCAAAACCAGCUAGUGGUACCCUCCACAUAGCUGCAGGCCAGCCUUGAUUUCAGGUGGAGACCUCUUCUUGCACUCACAGUGGUGUUGCAUGAAAGGAUGAUCUGGAAAGUUAGGAUCCCAGGGAACAGUGCUCCUGUAGAUCUAAGGGAAACCCGUUUUCUUCCCCUCCACCCCGUCGGUGCUGUAAGGUGCAGUGGACAUAUCUGGAGAAUGCACUAGUGCAGGGUAAAACGUUGCAUCAGGUAGAGAAACGGUUGCACAGAGUUUUGAAUCCGUCAUGUCAGGAUAACAGGUUUAUCACAUCUGAUGGGAUACGUCACGUCAGGGAAACCAGGUGGACUAAUGUGGCUA